AUGUUGCAGUCUGAAUGUGUUCGAUUUUUAACAGAGGCUGAUGCGGACAUCCAGUCGUUCCCAGAUGGGGAUAUCCAAAGACAUCUAUACUUGCAAGAUGUUAUAACAAGUGUUGCAGAUGAUACUGAGAAAGCAAAGGUCUCUGAGUUCAGAUGCCAUAUAGCAGGCUGUAGCCAGCUCUCUGACACACUGGAAAGGUAUGAGCAUCAUUACAAUACAUUUCACCACAAUGUCUGCUCCUACUGCAAGCUCUGCUUCCCCUCUGGCCAUCUUCUGGACAUUCACAUACUGGAGUGGCAUGAUCCCCUGUUCCAGAUCCUGGCAGAGAAGCAGAACAUGUAUCAGUGCAUGGUAGAAUGCUGUUAUGUGAAAUUUAAGACCAGUAUUGAUCGAAAACAUCAUUUAAUAAAAAUUCACAGUUAUCCUCCAUAUUUUAGAUUUGAUAAGCCCAAGAAAAGCAAAAGCCAAGAUAAGACUCCACAUGGAAGAGAUGGGACAGUGGAGGUCUCUGAAGCAGUCCAACCAUGUCCUGAUGACACAGGAAGUAUGGAGUCCAUGGAGGUCUGUCACCCUGAAAAAGCAGAGCUGGCAGUGAAUGAAGACAGCUCUGGUCAUGUAGAGCAGGGUACCAGCCACAAUCUGUUUUGGCUCAGUAUGACGAUUCAGGGGCAUGAGGAAAAAGAAAUGACUUCUACUGAAGAAAAUUAA